AUGGAACAACACAUCGAAGACACCGAAUGCGCCAUCCAGACCCUCUACGAAGGCGAACCCAGAUGCAUCUGCUGCAAGAACUGGGUCGCGACACCCCCCGCCCAUCUCCGACCCGUACCUGAAGCAGACUCCGAAGACAUCAUCAACCAAACGGCCCUCGUCGUGCGCAUGAGCAAGAAUCACAAUGACGACGCAGUAGUCCGACCGCUCACGCUGCACUCGAUUGUCGUCCAGAGCCGCGCCUUAAAGCAAACGCUCACCGAGGUUUUCGCCGGCUACCAGGGCAUCACCACGGCCGCAAUGCAGCAGCAGCAGCAGCAGCAGCCGAAACUCGUCUUCCGGGCCCCGUUCCACGCCUUCAUCUACCGCUGGGGCGCAUUCACCGCGAUUCUCGAGCGCCAGCGGCACGACGACCCCUUCGCCGCCGGUUUCACCCAGUUGCUGUACGAGAUACUGGACGGCGAGCUGGGGGACCUCCGCGCCGAGAUGCACAGCCUCCUGGCCCAGCGCGUCAUUACCUACUCGCUGCUGUGGGCGCUCUUCGAGCCCGGGACGAAUGUCGUGGCCCGUGACGACGAGCACGAAGACACCUUUUGUCGAGUGGACAGUCCGGACUACUACGGCCCAAAAGAGCAGGCCUACUUCCAGAUAGCCGCGCGCUCGGUCGACUGGAACGGCACUCGCUUCGGGUACCGCCAUCGGAAGUUCCGCGUGGAUCGGUUCUCCGGCACGCGCGAGAUUCGAGGGCUGCCUGUGUAUCCGGUGGUCUUUCAUCCAGCCCAGGAGGAGGCGGAGGGCAAAGCGAUUGCGCGCGGGAGACGGUUUCGUGAGCUCGCGGGGCGGCACUAUAUGGCUUACUCUGGGGUGAUUCAGUACGGGAACGCGAGUAGCCAGUUUCAGAGAUACAUGGACGGGCGUAUCGUCGUCGACGCGGACGGGUAUCUGCACGCCAAUCCGACCAAGAGUGUUCCCCUUGAGCCUCUGGAUGCGGAGUUGACGGCGCCCAGGAUUGCGGUGGCCGAUGACAAGCAUGUAGAGAGACCCCUCAAUCCGUCUGCCUUUCUAACACUUGCACCACAAGGGUGCUUCAUGACACCCGAGUGUUAUGACGGUUCCAAGGGCUUCUCUGCAAGACUGGGUCAUGUUGCAGGUCCGGAAGCUGGUCGGGGUACACUGAUUUCAUUGACUUGCUCGGAAGAUCAAGACAAGGACCUGACCGAGGCGGACCUUCUCAUCUGUGAACCCCGCGUGCUCGGCUACUCCCUCCAGCACAAAGUCUGGGCGACCUUCAACGUCCCCGACAUCACUCCCAUCGUGUGGAACGACACCGCGUUCUCGACGUUGAUGCUUCCACCCAGCUACAAAGAUCUGGUCCUCUCCUUCGUCGAGGGCCAAGCGGCGCACAGGGACGUCUUCGACGACGUCAUCGAGGGCAAAGGGCAAGGGAUCAUCAUGCUCCUGGUCGGUAACCCGGGGACAGGGAAGACCCUGACCGCCGAGGCCAUUGCUGAUCAAGUGCGCAAACCGCUGUAUGCUCUGAGCGCGGGCGAGUUGGGCCAGCAGGCGGAGGGUGUCGAGCGCCGGCUGAGCACAGUGCUGGAGCUCACGGAGAGAUGGGAUACGGUGCUGCUGUUCGAUGAGUGUGAUGUGUUUCUGCAGGAGCGGUCGGGGAGCCAGAUGCAGCAUAACGAGGUGGUGGCGGUUUUUCUUCGCUGGCUGGAAUACUACCGCGGGAUCAUGAUCAUGACCUCCAACCGCGCGGACGCGAUCGAUCGAGCCUUUCAGAGUCGGAUUCAUCUCACCCUACACUAUCCCGACCUGGAUGGGGCUGCGAGGGAGCAGAUUUGGCGACGGUGUCUGACUCGGUCCAAGUGCCAGCAUGCGUUGACCGAUGAGGAGGUCCGGCGUCUGGCGCUGGUUACGAUCAACGGACGGCAGAUCAAGAACACCGUCAGGGUGGCGGCGCUGCUUGCGGCGCAGGGUAAGACGUGUCUGGGGAUGGAGCAGAUUAAUAUUGUGCUUCAGGCGACACGGAUGAUUGCAGCCUAG